AAACAGCUGCUCUCACAAGGUAAGCAAUCACCAGUGGCAGAAUGGCACUGGUACGCUUCGCUACGAUCAUUACGGUGCUCUGCCACUUAGCCAUCCAGGACGGUGCGGCCAAAAGUUUCCCGCACGGCGAGAAAGCACCCUUCCCGCUGACGCUUAUCCACAUCAACGAUCUGCAUGCACGUUUCGACGAAACGAACCAGAAGUCGUCCACCUGCACGAACUCGAAGGAAUGUAUCGCUGGGAUAGCGCGCGUGUACCACACGAUCAAGCAGCUGAAGAGUGAGUACAAGACGAAGAACCCGCUCUACCUGAAUGCGGGCGACAACUUCCAGGGAACGCUCUGGUACAAUCUGCUGCGCUGGAAUGUGACGGCGUACUUCAUCAAGGAGCUGCCCCCGGAUGCGAUGACUCUUGGCAACCAUGAGUUCGACCACAGCCCGAAAGGUCUCGCCCCAUAUCUGGCUGAGCUGGAGAAGAUGAAGAUCCCCACGGUUGUCGCUAAUCUGGAGAAGAACGGUGAGCCGGCGCUGAAGGACUCCAAGAUUGCGCGCAGCAUCGUGCUGAAGGUUGGCAAUCGAAGGGUUGGAGUGAUUGGAGCACUGUACGAUAAAACGCAUCUGGUAGCUCAAACAGGUAUGGUAACGCUGACCAACUCGAUCGAAGCCGUCCGCAAGGAGGCACAAGAGUUGAAGAAGAAAAAUGUGAAAAUUAUCGUGGUGCUGUCCCACUGCGGGCUGGACGGCGAUAAGCAGCUAGCGGAGGAGGCGGGCGAUCUGAUCGACGUGAUCGUCGGUGCCCACUCCCACUCGCUGCUGCUGAACAAGGAUGCGAAGGUACCGUACGACACCAAGUACGACACCAUCGAGGGAGACUAUCCACUGGUGGUGAAGAAGAGCAAUAACCAUACGGUGCUCAUUACUCAGGCCCGUUCCUUCGGCAAGUACGUUGGCCGGCUGACGGUCAACUUUGACUGCGAAGGUGAGGUACAGAGCUGGGAGGGCUAUCCGAUCUACAUGAACAACUCGGUCAAACAGGACGAGGAAGUGUUGCGCGAGCUGGAACCGUGGCGGGCGGAGGUCAAGCGACUCGGUACGCAGGUGAUCGGCACGACCGAAGUGUUUCUCGAUCGCGAAUCCUGCCGCUGGUGCGAGUGUACCCUGGGCGAUCUGAUUGCCGAUGCGUACGCAGAUCAGUACACAAACAGCACGGUUCAACCGGUAGCGUUCGUACAGGCUGGCAACUUCCGCAACCCGAUCGAGAAAGGAGACAUCACAAACGGUCUAGCGAUUGAGGCUGCUCCGUACGGCUCGUCGGUCGACAUGAUCAAGCUUAGCGGUGCCGACCUGUGGAGUGCCAUCGAUCACUCCUUCACACUGGACGAUGAGUUCCGCUACAACACGGCACAGGUGUCGGGCAUGGCCGUGGUGGCUGAUCUGUCCAAAAAACCGUACGAACGUGUACAGAGCAUCGACAUUGUCGGUGCCAACGGAGCAAAGACUGCGCUUAAGAAGGACCAGAUCUACUACGUCGUGGUACCGUCCUAUCUGGCUGACGGUAAGGAUGGCUUUGCCAUGCUAAAGAAGGGUACAAAUCGUGUGACGGGACCGCUGGAUUCGGAUGUGCUGAUCGAGUACGUGCGCAAGCGUCAAACCAUCGCGAAGACCAUGUUCCAGGAGAAGCGUGUGGUGAUUGAGAACCACACCAACGGUACCUGCUCGUGGGAUUUGGAUAGCCAGCGGUAUAAGCCUAAAUAGGCGUGACGACACCGCCCUGGGAAAUGAUAUUUCGGUUGGAUUUGUUGAGUAAUAAAAGAAAAAAAAGAUCUUUGAUCAAA